UCGGUCUUCCAUUUCCGGGUUAUCCGUCGCCCAUGGCUCCCCUGUCUUGGAUACAAGUUCAGAUACAUUCUCUGUCCUUGUUCCCCUUACCGGUCUCCAUACGGCAUAUCCUUAUGCAGCCAGUGACGGUGUAUGAAAUUCGUCAGGCCGCUUUCUGCCGGCACUGCAACAUUUGUCCCAACAAGGAAAUGGAUCCAGUCGAUAGCGGCAAUCUCGGUAUUAAUUCACAUGAUGAUUGCACCUCCUGGUAGUGAGCUUCUGUCCUGCGGCCGCGACUACGGGUCAUGUACUUCUCACAGAGACUAUACAACAAAUGCCUGGGUGUGCAGCGCACACCUUGGCUUUUUGCUGGCGCUUAUUCGUAUCUUCAAAAUGGAUACCCCAAACUCCCUUAUCCAAAGUUCGAGUUGUACAGCCUUGUGGCUGUUAUCUUCAUCCGGGGAAUCGCUACACCAAUUCACGUACACGCACCACGCCAUGGGUAGGUCUGUCCCAAUCAUGAUAAGAGACUGUCUACACGGUUGUUAUAGGACAAGAUCUAGCGGUCUCUGUCCCCGGCAAGCUUCUUUCCCAAUCUGGACGGGUUACAAUCUACAGCUGUUGACAAUGGGUUUCCCAAAUACAACGAGUCGUCGAGCAGAAUCGUUGUAUUUACAGUGGGAUCUCUGUUGAACGAUCAUCUCGUUCGACCACAUGGUUGGUGAUCAGCGACACACCUAUUACCGCCGCAGUCGCCUUGGGGUGGUA